AUGUCAAAUUUAGCAAAAAAAAGAUUAAUACGUGAUUUUAGAAAAUUGCAAUUGGAUUCACCAUAUGGAAUUAGUGGAUCACCAAUCGGAAAUGAUAUCAUGAAAUGGAGAGCAGUUAUAUUUGGUCCAGCUGAUACUCCUUGGGAAGGAGGUACAUUUCAAUUAGAACUUUUAUUUGGAAAUGAAUACCCAAACAAACCGCCUAAAGUAAAAUUCUUAACAAAAAUGUUCCAUCCCAAUAUAUAUAUGGAUGGAAACAUCUGCAUUGAUAUACUUCAAAAACAUUGGAGUCCUAUUUAUGAUAUAUCAGCAAUUUUAACUUCAAUUCAAUCAUUAUUAAGCGAUCCCAAUCCCAAUAGCCCAGCUAAUCAAGAAGCUGCUCUUUUAUUUGUUGAAAACAGAAUUGAAUAUAAUAGAAGAAUAAAAAAUUGUGUAAAAGAAUCUUUUAAUUUUAUUGAACAUAAAGUAGAAGAAGAAAAUGCAUAA